AUUCUUGCCGUUCGUAUGAUGGAUUGACAGCUCAGCUCGGGCUAGCUACGUCAACCCACUGAGAUCCAGGAUGACAGGCGCUUCUGCAGCAUUCCUGCCUAUCGAGCUCAUCCCGGAGAUCCUCUACCACCUCGCCCCACCCACCAACUCCUCCUCCUCCUCAACCUCCAGCACCACUGGCUCCAGCUCGGGCACAGGCGCCACCACUUCCGCAUCCCCUCUUCGACCCCUCCUCAAUACCGCUCUAGUAAGCCAUGACUUCUACAAGCACACCGCUCCGCUACUGUACAAUCGCCUCUUCCUCCGCUCUCAGGCACGAGUCGUAUCCGUAUUUCGCACCCUCGCCUCUUCUCCGUACCUGUGCAGUCUAGUACAGGUGCUGGAGCUGAGGGCGUACCCGCUGGGGAUGGGAGCAGAACAGCUUGAGCGAUUAGAGCGGGAUGUGGGACGAGCACUGGGGAUGAUGCGGAACUUGAGGGUGUGCGUAUGGACACGCAUGGGAAGUCUGAAUGGGAGGGUCUUGCCGGAUCUACUGGGCGGAUUCUGGAAGGGGGAGAAAAGAGGAGAGGACGAGGAAGAGGAGCUUCAAGAAACGAGGAAGAGCCAACUGCAUACUCUGGAGCUUACGGGCAACACCAGGUUCUACGAUGUGCAAGCUCUAUGGAAGGGAAAGGGGGCAGAGACGUCCUUGGCGCCUAAGCCGCCGCCAAGCCGAUCACAUUCAAGCGACAUCGCACUCGCCGAGCAAGUGCCGUCGAUGGUGCUCGGCGAGUCCGAUCAAACGACUCCACAAUCUGUAGACUUGGCCCCACGUUCCUUCCCAUUCCCUUCCCUGCUCCACCUCUCCUUUCUUCUCCCAGAUCCAGGCGCAAUUCGGGCCACCCUCGAGCUGUCCAAGCGCCGCCCACUCAAGUCCAUCACGCUCCUCUGUCAACACACCAACGUCCUCUCUCCUUCAGACGUGGAAGAGCUGGCGUUGAGUGUGCAGGAAGUGGAGAAGCUGGUGCUGGUGGGAUGCAAGUCGCUUGAGGGGGAAGGGUUGAGGAGGUUAUUGAAGGGGAGUGAGAGCGGGGUGAGGAUCUUGGGAGUGGAGGGAUGCUCAGUGCAACCCUCCGCCUACCCCUCCCUGCAGCCUUUCUUGGAAGACUCCCUCCGCACUCUUUCCCUCACACUCCCCCGCUCCGCCCUAUCCUCACACGCAGAGUUCUACCAAGAGCUCAAAAGUCUCGUCUCCAGUCUACGCCUCUUGGAAGAGUUCACCUUGUACGCUCCGGGAGGCGUGCAGGCGGACGAAGAGCCGGCGAGUGGGGAGAACGAGAUUAUGUACGCUGGUCUGGAGGGGCUGGCAGAUCUGCCCUUGCGGGUGGCUAACGGCGAGCAGAACAACGCCGUAGCCAACGACCCGCCCGAGAGUGGCUCACUGCACGAUUACACGCCUCUGCCCAAGUAUGUACCUCGGCUGCCGCUCUCCUUGCUGCGGGCCCUGCUGCAGCAUCGACGCAUGGCAGGAAAUGCUGCUCAGCUGAAGCUGCUGCGGAUACACGGCAUCGUCUGCUCGACAGAGGGGCUAGGGUUGAUUGGGCAGGCGGCAGAAGGACUGCAGGACCUGACCCUGCAGUUGGAGUACACGCCCAUCCAAACACUUUCGAUGUGUCUCUCCCCUUUGGCGCCUACCCUAGCCAGACUACACAUCUUGUCUCGACCCGGAUCCCAGCUAGAAUGGCCAGAGAGCGACCUCCAACGGUUCGCCUCGCAUCUUGUCAAUCUGCCUCUGGCUGAGUCGCCGUCUGAUACAGAGGCAUUGCCGGAGACAGCACAAUGCGGUCAAGGGGAUGGAACGCAUGAGUACAUUCGGCCCGGAGCCCUAGUGCAAGUCGGCCUACGCAAUCGCGUCUGGGAAGUCGAGCGGCGGUUGGUCCUCUCCCACCAGGACGCAUUUCGGAUAGGCUUGCCGAGUCGAGUGUGGGCACCAGACGAGCAAAAGAGGGAGCGAGGCGAGGGCGAGAGGAACGAAUCGAAUGGGCAUGCUGACCGACAGUCACGAUAUCAAUUCGAAGUCUCACUCAAACGGUGGGACGCCAGCGAAGGCAGAUGGCCAGAAGCUUUACUGGUCAUCAAAGCGUAAGGCAUCUCCUCUCCAUCCCUGGCAGCGUAGACUUCUGACAGUGGAGCUGAUGUUGUGUCAGAAAGCAAAAAGAAAUCGUGACGUCCGUUCGUUGUGGGAUCCCAAUCCGAUUGUAUCUCAUCGUUAGGUGAAUACUUAGAAUUAGCCGUCAUCCCAAAUCAAUUCGCCCUUGCAAGCUGU